CGCCACGGCACAAUGGGAGGCGCGGGAGGGCGGGGCCACAGGCCACGCCCACAGCCUCGGGCCCCUUCCCUCGCAGCAGCCCCAGCGCAGAUCGCUCGCGCUCCGCACGCACGCACGCGCAUUUCUCGCCAACGAGCCCGCCAAGCCCACAGCGCCCUCUGUCGGCACACAGUGUCAGGUGUCACCUGGAAAGAACAGAGGGACCCAGCCUCAAGUACCUCAAUGUGCCAAGUGGAGUUUGAGCUGGCUUGCGCUGCCGUCAAGGAGCUGAAGGGUCCUAUGAGUGACCAGGAGAUGCUGGUGUACAGCUUCUACAAACAGGCCACUCAGGGUGACUGCAACAUCCCUGCCCCUCCUGACUCGGACAUGAAAGCCAAGGCCAAGUGGGAGGCAUGGAACAUCCACAAAGGGAUGUCCAAGAUGGACGCCAUGAAGGUCUACAUUGCCAAAGUGGAAGAGCUGAAGAAAAAGGAGGCUACUUAAGUACACUCUUUAGUAGGCAGAAGUAGCGUGGCUCCUCAGGUUGGGAAUGGGCUUCUUAAAAGAUCUUGAGGGCCGAAAUGUCCUGAAAGGGUAGCAAGGUUAGCUAAGACAUCAAUAAAGCACUUAAGCUGCCUAAAAA